CACAUAUGGAUGGCUGCAACGGGGAUGCCACCUACCCUCCCCGCGAGUUCGUACUAAAAACCGACUUCCUCUUCGCCGAGGGUAGGGAAAGCGCCCUUGCGCGCGAAGCGUCCCACUAUGAUGUUGCCGCACCCUUACAAGGGCUUGUCAUCCCGACAUGCUAUGGCUUGUUUGAAGCAGAACCACAAGGUGUACCUUUUGCGCGGCGCAUACGGUGUUUGCUGCUCGAAUAUUGUGGCGCGCCGUUGCGUACAAGGAAGCUCAGCCAAAUCCCAAGGCAAAUGAAAGCCCGCAUCAUCGACAAAGCUUUCUACUUUCACGACAUGACCGCCAUGGCCCACGGCAACCUCUGGGACGGCCACCUCCUCGCGCGCGGCGGGACCAAGCGCCCCAUUACACACGACAAGUCCAGCCUCCACCCUCUCGUGGAUGCUAAUGUUCACGCCCCCACCUCCCCCUAUGCUCCCCUCCACCCUUUCGGCGACCCCAACAUCCACGCGCGCGCGGACCCCGCGCCCGACGCCGAGCCCUUCUUCGUCGACCUCUCCGAGUGCCGGCAGCACGCGUGCCGCUGCACAAUGGAGGUCGUCGAGGGCGAUCCCAGACCGAGUCCGAGCGAGUUUCGGUGCAAGGAGAUCUGGGAGCUGGUGAAUGCGUUGGGGGUGUGGGGGGAGGAGGGGGAGUAG